GACCAACAGAUCGACCGUAAGCUGCCCCAGCUCAAGCUGUCUAUGUUUAAGCCGCCAUCGACUGUAGACUACCCUUGCCUCAAGGCGAAGGCAGCAGUAUCGCGCGCCCUCGUUGGGCCGAUGACGGCUGUGUGUGAGAAGGUGCUCGCGGUAGGUUCGCACGUCACGAAUGCUUACAGGCUCAUGCGGGAUUUUUUAAGCCUUUGCCAGAAAUCUGAUCUGGUCCCCACUCAGAAGAGGGCCGACCUCCUCCAGAAAACGAUGGAGCAAUUUCUGGCUUCGUACACGUGCGCCGCCCAGAGGCAGGCCAAGAGCAGUCUAGCUGGCUUCAAUCUAACGAUGAAGUUUCAUUUCUCGUCCCACAUUGGCGACAAUGCCAAGUGGGAGGUUCCAACGUUUAGCACUGAGUACGAAUUCGAGGACAUGGCAGGCAAAGUUGCGCGCACCUCCAGCACGUGCACAGUGUCGCUCCCUCCAGAUAGGGUUGCCCAAAAAGUGAUGGCAAAGCUGUUGCUCGUCGCGCGCUUGUCUGUGACCAGGGCUUCCAGGCGUGCUUAG